CUUUCCUCUUCCUGCCCGUCGGCGGGAGGGAGCGGCUGCGGCGGGGCGCGAGGCCGCCAUGAGGUAGGUGGGAGUCCCCUGCAGCCGAGCAAGGCAGCAUGGCAAUGUUCUUGGGGGCCAGGAAUGCCCACUCAAUCCUGAAGCGCUUUCCCCGAGCCAACGGCUUCCUGGAGGAGAUCCGGCAGGGCACCAUCGAGCGGGAGUGCAUGGAGGAGGUCUGCAGUUAUGAGGAGGUCAAGGAAGUGUUCGAGAACAAGGAGAAGACAAUGGAGUUCUGGAAGGGCUACACCAACUCUGUGUACUCUGUCAAGGACCCUGGGCACAGCACGGAGCGUUCAGAUGCUAUGUACGUGGUGGUGCCCCUCUUGGGAGUGGCUCUUCUGAUAGUCAUCGCCCUCUUCAUCAUCUGGAGGUGCCAGCUGCAAAAGGCCACCCGUCACCGCCCUUCCUACGCCCAGAACCGCUACCUGGCCAGCCGAACAGGACGCAGCCUCCCCAGGGUCAUGGUGUACCGUGAGCGGUCACAGAGCCAAGGGGAAACUCAGUAUCAGCGAGAAGCAAGCAACCGAGGGGCUGGAGACAGCAGAGCAGGGGGCACCCCCCAGCCAGAGGGCACUCUCUGUCCACCAGAGCACUCGGUCUCUGUCCUCUCCAGACUGUCCAGUGCCACCCCUCCACCGUCUUACGAGGAAGUUACGGGACACCCAGACAGCAGCAGCGGCGAAGAGACCAGCAUCUCCUACAACGACCCUCCACCAAAGUAUGAGGAAAUUGUGGCUGCUGCUCCCACUGCAGGCAAAUAGAGGGUCUGCCUCUCUCUUGCCUCUUCACACACUCAUGCUCAUGCACCCACACCCCUUGCCAUGCCCAGAACCUUGUUCAGGUGGCAUUGAUAUCCCUGUAUCACUUGUACAAGCUGGUGCCAUCACACAAUAGCCUUACCUUCCUUACCAAAAAACAGCUGUCCCCAAGCAGGGUGAGGGUGGGAUGUGGGGCUCUGGGUUCAACCAGCUAUCCCCCUUCCCCUUGCUCCCUGCUCACAUAAGUGCUGCAGCAGCCAGAGCAGAGCAGCAGCUUGUUCCUGGCUCAACUGGGGGUCCUCCCUACGGUGCAUUGGAUUUCUUCACUUCCCCUCAGACAUAACACUUCCCAUGACUAAAACAGCCUCACUGCCUCUCUAGGACUCUGCUCAGCCUUACCCUGUGUGCAUGCUGGCUCAUGGACCUUAGGCACGUGUGGGGCUGGGAUUGGUCUUUUCCAUAACCAAGUCAGCAGGGGCUGGUUUGUGAUAUGCUGAGACCCCAGUCCUCACUGUCUCCUGUUUGAUGCUUGGUGCUCUGAAGAGAAGGUGAGGAGGCAGGAGCGGUGCUUGUUUCUGUCCCCAUGGUUUUUGACCAGGGAGAAAAUUCCUCCUUUGUGUGGAUUUGCUGCCUGUGGGAGUGGGGAACCCAGUCCAUCCUGUUGUGCCUGUAGUGAUAUUUGUUACUGGGAGAAAGAGGAGGGACUGGGCAAGAAGGUGCUUUGUGAUCUAGAACCCUUUGGAAAGAGAGGAAGGUUUGUGGUGGUCUUGCACGUGAGGUAAGUUGCUUUGGAACCAUGAAGAUGGCUGCACAGCUUUAAGCAGUGGGGAUGUACCUCCUUUCUGCAGGUGCCUGCCUCACCUGUUUGGUGUCCUCACUAGGUGUGGGAUGCAGGCACAGGGAGGCUGCAGAUGUGCCAAACCUCCCUUCAGCCUUCCCCUAACCUCUCAGUCCUGGCUCUCUUUCCAAGGCUUUUGUCCUUCAAGCCGCUCUGGUGGGCAGAGCACAUGGCCACGGCCAUGGUGCAGAGGGCCUGUCGGCAGAGAUGGCUGCAAAGGUGAACAAUGUUUGUGCAACCAACCAGGCUCUGGCAGCUGGGGAUGCUGAUGGCACAGGAGCAGAGCUGGCCCCUUGGAGCCAGGGCAGGGUAGAGCACGUGCUUUGCCCUGGGACCAGCGUGUCCCCUUCUCCUAGGCAGCCACUUCUGGGCUCUGUGUGAUGGGGCUAUCCUUUCCCAGUCAUGUCUGAUGGGCUAUAAGGGGGUUCUUCUCACCAGCCCUCAGUACCAGCCCAGAACCUUGUAGCACUGCCGCCCUGUAGCAUUCACCCCAGCACCAGUCUCCACCAGCACCAGAAGGCUGUGGUGUACCUGCAGGCUGCCCUCACCCGCUGUCCUUUGUCCCAGUGAUGCUCUCAGCCCGGAGCUGAGGCUUGCCCAGCAUGGCUGUCCCUUGGGCAGGAUACAAGCCCGUGGGGUCUGCAGCUGCCGGCACCUCAUCUGUCCCCUGCCAGGCCUUCACGCUGCCUUUUGGCCUUAGUAAAUGCAGGUGAUGGGACAACCUGGCAAUGAGUGCCAGGGUCAGAGCUGGGAAAGACUGGAGGGAGUCAGAGGGCAUUCUUGGAUCCUCUGUCUUUGAUGCACGGUCAUUACC